AUGUCGUCAAUCGAUCUUGAAAGUGGUGUGAUGGGCACAGAAAAAAUUCCUAGCUCGGCACUUGCAGCACCGGAUAGCACUCAAAAUGAAAAGUCGAACACAAAGGACACGAAAGGAAAGGAGGGGUUUAACCCGCAAGAUCCUGUUGAUAUCGACAAGCGGGCUACACCGCCAGACCCCGCAACUGAUGCCAAAGCAGUCCAUCAUGGCUUGAAGAGAAGGCUCUCAUCUGAGGGCAUAGCAGUUUUAAGAAUUCAGUCAACACUUCGCGAUUCAAAAUUGUCGCGAAAAUCGAUAGAUUCUUUGGCUCAGCCCAACUUCACGAACCUGCCUCGCCUUGAACAGAGGAAAAAGAUAAUGAAGUAUCUAUGGCUUGGUAGCGAUGAGGCCUCUGAACCGGGUGCAAAGGCUCCAAGAGGGUUGGGGACUGCCUCACUGGGUCGAUUUCUGACUCUCGCGGACGAGUAUCAAUCCCAAAGAUUAUUCAAGUUCAACCGGUUUGAACGCCUCUGUCUCCUGGAUCUGCUUUUCGCUCAGGAUCGUCUGAUACGUUUGGAUGAAAAGGUUCAAUACCAGCCUCCGAAUGAAACCUUUCAGAAGAUCUCCAGACUAAACCAACCUGGUUUUGAAGACAGCCAUCUGGCUGGACAAAAAUUGGCCCUCGCACUAGACGAGCCUCGAUACUGGGAUUCUCCAGAUGCACUAAACUUCUUUGAUCUAGCUAAUUCGGAAGCUCUCUCGUCUGUCGAUGACCUCAGAGAGGGGUUGCGAAAGCAUAUCCCCUUAAGCUUGCUUGAUCGUGCAGGGCGAGAAAGAAGAAAUAUCGACGAAGCUGCUAAUCUGCUUCGCAAGGACGAGGAGUCAAGAAAACUCCCUUUCGUGAAAAGGUCACUUAUCUGGCUACGGCUUAACCUUUCAAUUGGUUGGGGUCUCAAGAAAACGCCAGCAAGUGACAGUGCACUUGAUGGCCUGGGCCCAAAAGAAAUCAAGAGGAUUAUCGACUCGUCUCGUCAACAUUCAACAUACAUCUCGCCGGUAGUUGAUAACACUGCUCGUCUCCUGGUAGCUGUGAUUGGCGGUCUUUUUGUGCUUGUGCCAAUAGCCGCCUUAUCCUAUAUCACUUCGCUGCACUGGAUAUUGAUAGCCGCGUUUCUGUUCACUUUCAAUUUCUCUGUUGCAGUUGCUAUCGUGUCCAAGGCCUCUAAUGAUCAAGCCAUUGCCGCAACCGCAGCGUACGGUGCUAUUCUCGUUAUUUUCGUUGCCAAUAGAAUUCAUUAACAAGUCCUAAGCUAUUAUUGAGCAGACAGACGCGGUCUCUGAAUACGAGACUAAUUAUUUCCUUAGACAUCCAGUUGAUUGAUUACCUUAACUUCGUAGGUAUCAAUGAUUUACAGUCGUUCAAAGUCUCUACCUAAACAAAAUUUUCAUAAAUUCUUGAAAGUAUAUGUAAAAGGAAUAAUUUUCGUGCUUAGUGAGAGCCCCACUCGAGCCCCUAUAAAAUUAGCGAGGGAAGCCGCUAGAACUAAGCGAGCCCACAAUUUUUACCUCUAUUUUUGGUAUCUUCGAAAUCACGCCCCGCCGAGAAACGUCAAAUACCACCCGAAACACACACUUCCUGUACCCAUCAAUCCUCCCCCGUCUUAGCCCUCCCCACACUCUCCUCAGCAUGUCCCUCAUCUCUUCCGGGCUCCUAACCAGCUGCAGGCG